AUGCCUUCCUUGAAUUCUGGCCUCUAUCACUUUCUCCCUUUUCUUAUAAUCAUUGACCUUCUGAACCAUAAGACUCUUGAAGGUCUUGGUGUGAUUAUCAUCGGCUUAGCCGUGACAGUGACUGGUAUCACUGGUUUAUCCACCUCUGCUAUUGUCACAAAUGGAUAUGUCAGAGGAGGUGGGGCCUACUACCUCAUUUCCAGAAGUUUAGGCCCCGAGUUCGGUGGGUCAAUAGGCUUGAUCUUUGCUUUUGCCAAUGCAGUGGCUGUUGCUAUGUAUGUGGUGGGAUUUGCUGAGACUGUGGUAGAUCUUCUUAAGGAGAGCGACUCAAUGAUGGUGGAUCCAACCAAUGACAUCCGGAUUAUAGGCUCUAUCACGGUGGUGAUUCUUUUAGGAAUUUCAGUAGCUGGAAUGGAAUGGGAAGCAAAGGCUCAAGUGAUUCUUCUGGUCAUUCUUCUCAUUGCUAUUGCAAACUUCUUCAUUGGAACAGUCAUUCCAUCCAACAAUGAAAAAAAGGCCAGAGGUUUCUUUAAUUACCAAG